CUUCGUCUAAAAACUCUUAAACUCUUCGUCUUCCCCGGCGCUCCCCCAACUCCUCCUUCCUCCCGCGAACCACUCUAGGGCUUCUCACUUCCGAUCGGAGAGAAAUAGUGUCGGAAAUUAGGGUUUCUCGAAGGGGGAACGAUGCUCGCCCCGUUGCCUCGGCUCACGAACUCGCUCAGAGGCCACUACGACGUCGACCGCGCGUACCUCCACCGCAAAACCUUGCUCCGAAGCCUCAAAUCGCGAAGAUCGCACGAUGAUUCGGCGCUCGCUCGGAAGUUAGUAUCUAAUUGGGACGAAGCUUCGCCUGAAGUUCGUCAAGCAUAUAAACAAUAUCUUGGUGCUGUGGUGGAGUUGGUACAUGGUGAGGUGAUCUCAGAAGAAUUCCAUGAAGUGGCUAAAACUGCAUACGAUCUUUUUAGUGGCCUUGACAUGGAAUGUGAUGGUAAUAAGAAAAUUGCUGAGAAAAAAGAUGAGCUGCAAAGGCUUGUAGGAGGUGGUAUUGCCGACUUCAAUCUGCAGAAAGUUGCAUUUUCAGCUCAGAGGCUCUUUUCUUUGCAACAAACAGCCCCGGGCAAUGUAUCUUCCCCGGAAAGCGUAAUGGAUGGAUGCCAAGACAAUGUUGGUGAAUUUGGCGCAGACUUGCCUUUUAAAGCUCCUUCUCGUUUCCUCGUGGAGCCGAUUGAAAAUGGCUUAUCCUUGCCUGAUGGAAGUUAUGCUGCCAGCACAUCUCAUGGAGAGCAUUAUGACGGUAAUAUGGUGUCUGUAUGUCAUCACUCAACCAACAAUAGGGGCACUGUCAAUUUGAGGUGGUUGAAGGAUGCAUGUGACAUGAUAGUAAAAGGUGGUGGUUCACUGCUUUCUGGUGAUGAACUCGCAAUGGCCUUAUCUAGAGUGCUCCUUUCAAACAAAGCAGGCGAUGAGAUAGCUGCUGAUUUAUUGGACCUUGUUGGCGAUGGUGCCUUUGAAACAGUUCAAGAUCUAUUAGCGCACCGCAAGGAACUUGUUGAUGCCAUUCAGCAUGGGCUGCUUAUACUGAAAUCCGAGAAAAUGUCUUCUAGCAGUCAACCAAGGAUGCCAAGUUAUGGUACUCAGGUUACAGUACAAACAGAAACCGAACGCCAAAUUGACAAACUUCGGCGCAAAGAGGAUAGACGUAAUAAACGUGGGUUAGAGUAUGGUAGUAUGGAUGACUUUGCUGCUGACAGUUUUUCUUCACUUCUUCUGGCAAGUGAGAGAAAACAACCUUUUGAUGAUCUGAUUGGGACUGGAGAAGGGUCCAAUUCUGUAUUAGUAAGUGCUCUUCCUCAAGGAACAACAAAGAAACAUGCAAAAGGUUACGAAGAAGUCAUAAUUCCACCUACUCCAACUGCUGCAAUGAAACCGGAUGAGAAGCUGAUUGGGAUUAGAGAACUGGACGACUUUGCUCAGGCUGCUUUCCGAGGAUACAAGUCACUCAACCGCAUUCAGAGUCGUAUAUUCCAAUCAACUUAUCACACAAAUGAGAAUAUUCUGGUUUGCGCACCAACUGGUGCUGGUAAGACAAACAUCGCUAUGAUUGCUAUUCUCCAUGAGAUUAAACAACACUUCAGGGAUGGUAUUUUGCACAAGGACGAGUUUAAAAUAGUGUAUGUUGCUCCUAUGAAGGCCUUGGCGGCAGAAGUGACAUCAACAUUCGGUCAUCGCCUUUCUCCAUUAAAUAUCGCUGUGAGGGAACUUACUGGGGACAUGCAACUGUCCAAGAAUGAGCUUGAAGGAACCCAGAUGAUAGUGACUACUCCUGAAAAAUGGGACGUCAUAACUCGCAAAAGCAGUGACAUGUCAUUGUCAAUGCUGGUUAAACUCCUAAUCAUUGAUGAAGUACACCUGCUAAAUGAUGACAGAGGCCCGGUAAUAGAGGCACUAGUUGCUCGAACCCUCCGACAAGUGGAGUCAACUCAAUCAAUGAUCCGCAUUGUAGGCCUAUCUGCAACCCUGCCCAAUUAUUUAGAGGUUGCACAAUUCUUGCGGGUUAAUCCAGAAAGCGGGUUGUUCUUUUUUGAUUCCAGUUAUCGCCCAGUCCCCUUAGCUCAACAAUACAUUGGAAUAAGCGAGAAGGAUUAUAGUAAAAAGCUUGAACUGUUUAACAGAAUAUGCUAUGAGAAGGUUUUAGAUUCACUUAAGCAAGGGCAUCAAGCAAUGGUUUUUGUUCAUUCACGCAAAGACACAGGGAAAACUGCUAGAACACUGAUUGAGACCGCUGCAAGACAAGGUGAACUGGAACUGUUUUUGAAUGAUAAGCAUCCUCAGUUUUCUUUGAUUAAGAAAGAAGUCAGCAAGUCCAGAAACCGAGAACUUGUCGAGUUAUUUGAAUCUGGGUUUGGCAUUCAUCAUGCUGGGAUGCUGCGAUCUGAUAGAGGCUUGACCGAACGCUUAUUUUCUGAUGGUCUGCUGAAAGUCCUUGUGUGUACUGCAACAUUGGCUUGGGGAGUGAAUUUACCUGCUCAUACAGUUGUCAUCAAGGGUACACAACUAUAUGAUCCUAAGGCUGGUGGUUGGCGGGACUUGGGCAUGCUGGAUGUGAUGCAGAUUUUUGGACGUGCUGGGCGGCCACAGUUUGACAAAAGUGGUGAAGGCAUUAUAAUCACAACUCACGACAAGUUGGCUUAUUACUUAAGAUUGCUAACGAGUCAACUUCCAAUAGAGAGCCAGUUUAUUGGCUCUCUUAAAGAUAAUUUGAAUGCUGAGGUGGCAUUAGGCACAGUAACUAAUGUAAAGGAAGCUUGUGCUUGGCUUGGAUAUACAUAUUUAUUUAUAAGGAUGAAGACAAAUCCGUUGGUGUAUGGGAUAGCAUGGGAAGAGGUCAUUGGAGAUCCUUCUUUGAUUUCCAAACAAAGGUCUCUUAUAAUUGAUGCUGCACGUGCUCUUGACAAGGCAAAAAUGAUGCGUUAUGAUGAGAAAAGUGGAAACUUUUACUGCACAGAGCUUGGUCGUAUUGCAAGUCACUUUUAUCUUCAGUAUACUAGUGUAGAAACCUACAAUGAGAUGCUUAGGCGCCACAUGAGUGAGAGUGAAGUGAUCAACAUGGUGGCCCACUCUUCUGAAUUUGAAAACAUUAUGGUUAGAGAAGAAGAACAAGAUGAACUAGAAAAUUUGUCCAAAAGGUUGUGCCCAUUAGAAGUUAAGGGUGGGCCAACUGACAAGCAUGGGAAAAUCUCAAUCCUCAUUCAGGUGUACAUUUCUCGCGGAUCAAUAGAAAGCUUCUCCUUAAUAUCUGAUGCUGCAUAUAUCAGUGCAAGCUUGGCUCGUAUUAUGCGUGCUUUAUUUGAAAUUUGCUUGCGUAGAGGGUGGUGCGAAAUGACGUCAUUAUUCUUGGAAUAUUGCAAGGCUGUGGAUCGGCAAAUUUGGCCUCACCAGCAUCCUCUUAGGCAGUUUGACAGGGACUUUUCACCAGAGAUACUGAGAAAACUUGAAGAAAGAGGUGCCGAUUUGGAUCGUCUCUUUGAGAUGGAGGAGAAAGACAUUGGUGCUUUGAUUCGUUAUGUCCCUGGUGGAAAGUUGGUUAAGCAACACCUAGGAUACUUCCCGCGUAUCCACUUGUCUGCUACCGUUAGCCCAAUUACCAGGACUGUUCUGAAGGUGGAUCUAGUUAUAACUCCUGAAUUUGUUUGGAAGGAUCGGUUUCAUGGAACAUCUGAACGUUGGUGGAUUCUUGUUGAGGAUUCUGAAAAUGACCACAUUUACCAUUCUGAGCUCUUCACAUUGACCAAAAAGAUGGCUAGAGGGGAAUCUCAGAAAAUUUCUUUUACUGUUCCAAUAUUUGAACCACAUCCACCGCAGUACUACAUACGUGCUAUAUCUGAUUCCUGGUUACAAGCAGAGGCACUUUUUAUCGUCACUUUUCAUAAUCUUACCUUGCCUGAGACACAAAUAUCGCACACUGAACUUCUAGAUUUAAAGCCUCUUCCUGUUAGUGCUCUUGGCAAUGAAGCUUAUGAAGCUCUUUAUAAAUUUUCACAUUUCAAUCCCAUCCAAACACAGGCUUUUCAUGUCCUCUAUCAUACAGACAACAACGUUCUCCUAGGAGCUCCCACAGGAAGUGGGAAAACUAUAUCUGCUGAAUUAGCAAUGCUGCAUCUUUUCAGCACACAACCUGACAUGAAGGUAGUUUACAUUGCCCCUUUAAAGGCUAUUGUUCGAGAAAGAAUGAUAGAUUGGAAAAAGCGGCUUGUCUCUCAGCUUGGGAAGAAAAUGGUUGAGAUGACUGGUGAUUUUACUCCCGAUCUUAUGGCACUGCUUUCAGCUGACAUCAUAAUUUCUACUCCUGAAAAAUGGGAUGGUAUCAGUCGGAGCUGGCAUAGUCGGAGCUAUGUGAUGAAGGUUGGACUCAUGAUACUGGAUGAGAUUCAUCUUUUAGGGGCUGAUCGCGGACCCAUUCUUGAGGUUAUUGUAUCUAGGAUGAGAUACAUAUCGUCGCAAACAGAACGAGCAAUACGUUUUGUAGGUCUAUCAACUGCAUUAGCUAAUGCUCGUAACUUGGCUGACUGGUUGGGUGUUGGAGACAUUGGUCUAUUCAAUUUCAAGCCUAGCGUGAGACCUGUACCUUUGGAAGUUCACAUCCAGGGUUAUCCAGGGAAAUUUUAUUGCCCAAGAAUGAAUAGUAUGAACAAACCAGCAUAUGCUGCUAUUUGUACCCAUUCACCUGCAAAACCAGUUCUUAUUUUUGUUUCAUCUCGCCGUCAGACGAGGCUAACGGCACUUGAUCUAAUUCAGCUUGCUGCAUCAGAUGAAAAUCCGAGACAAUUCCUGAAUAUGCCAGAAAAUUCAUUGGAGAUGGUCCUUUCACAAGUCACUGAUAAUAAUUUGAGGCAUACUCUACAAUUUGGAAUUGGGCUGCAUCAUGCAGGAUUAAAUGACAGAGACAGAUCAUUGGUUGAGGAACUCUUUUCAAAUAACAAGAUCCAGAUAUUGGUAUGCACUAGCACAUUGGCAUGGGGUGUAAAUCUUCCAGCUCAUCUGGUUAUCAUUAAGGGAACUGAAUACUAUGAUGGUAAAGCAAAAAGAUAUGUCGAUUUUCCUAUUACCGACAUUCUGCAGAUGAUGGGUCGUGCUGGUCGACCACAGUAUGACCAGCAUGGGAAAGCUGUUAUUCUUGUUCAUGAACCCAAAAAGAGCUUUUACAAGAAGUUCCUAUAUGAACCAUUUCCUGUUGAAAGUAAUCUGAGGGAGCAUUUGCAUGAUCACAUAAAUGCUGAAAUUGUUUCUGGCACAAUUAGUCAUAAGGAGGAUGCAGUUCAUUACCUGACAUGGACUUACCUAUUUCGUCGACUGGUUGUUAAUCCUGCAUAUUAUGGGUUAGAGGACACUGAGGCUUAUACUUUGAAUUCUUACCUCUCGAGGUUAGUAGAAACUACAUUUGAGGACCUUGAGGACAGUGGAUGCAUCAAGAUAGCUGACAAUUCUGUCGAGACUCUAAUGUUGGGUUCAAUAGCAUCGCAGUAUUAUCUAAGUUACAUGACAGUUUCAAUGUUUGGAUCAAAUAUAUCCUCAAAUACGUCACUUGAAGUUUUCUUGCACAUUCUUUCUGCUGCUUCAGAAUUUGAUGAACUUCCUGUGCGGCAUAAUGAGGAAAAUUACAACAAAGCAUUAUCUGAGAAGGUUCCAUAUUCAGUUGACGAGCACCGUCUUGAUGAUCCACACGUGAAAGCAAAUUUACUUUUGCAGGCACAUUUCUCGCGAGUAGAAAUGCCUAUCAGUGACUACGUCACUGACUUGAAAUCUGUUCUUGAUCAAAGUAUACGUAUCAUCCAGGCUAUGAUUGACAUAUGUGCCAAUAGCGGAUGGUUUUCAAGCACAAUGAAUUGUAUGCAUCUUCUUCAAAUGAUCAUGCAGGGGUUAUGGUUUGACAGAGAUUCUUCCUUGUGGAUGUUACCAUGUAUGGAUGACGAUCUUCUAUCUCAUCUUAAUAAAGUAGGCAUCUCGACAUUAUUAGACUUAUUGGAUCUUCCUUAUGCGAACUUGCAAAGGUUGCUUCACCCCUUUCGUGCUUCUGAGUUAAACCAGGAUCUGCAACAUUUUCCACGUAUCCGGCUGAAGGUGAAGCUUCAAAAUAGGGACAUUGCAGGGUCAAAAUCUCAGGUCCUGAACAUCAAAUUGGAAAAGAUCAAGUACGGGCGUUCAACAUCACGAGCAUUUGCCCCUAGAUUUCCCAAGAUAAAAGAUGAAGCGUGGUGGCUAGUUCUGGGGAAUGUGACCAAUUCCGAACUAUAUGGCCUGAAAAGAAUUAGUUUCUCGGAUAGCUUGGUUACUCGCAUGGACUUACCUCAAACAUCACUCAAUCUUGAGGAAACGAAGUUGAUUCUAGUAUCAGAUUGCUAUCUCGGAUUUGAGCAGGAGCACUCCCUUGCAGAAUUUGCCUGAUUUAUCAUGUGUUUAUAAAACUCCAAUAUAUCGAAAAGUGAGAAACUUUACCUUCUCAGUUUCUGGUGUAUAGUUCUGUCCAAAAUGAGAGCAACGAUCGGCUAGGUAGAUAGAGAUCCAAACUUAUGAUGAGGUAUAUUUUCUCGUCUGAUCCGUGGAAGCAGCAAACUGUCCGAAGCAGCGGACAUAGCCGAAGUUCCUUCUGAUAAAACAUUAAAUAGACUAAAACUGAGAAGCGAGAUGCCCAAGAACAGCUGGUUCACUAACAGCGUAUUUAGCGGAUUGUGUAGCUAAAGUGGUCGUUGAUUCGGAGCUCGCACGGUACACAACGUUGUGGGUGAGAUCUUUUGGUGUCGGGAAUGGGAGGUUCAAUCAAACGUGCUAAGGUACCAAUUUUUACUGUGAAAACAAUAGCUUCUUUCAUAGCCAUGCCUUCCACCUUCCGUCAAUUCUCAAAACUGUAUAAGAUGAUAUUUAAAGGCAAUUGCAAAAGCCAUUUGCAUUCAAGAAUUUUCCCCUAUCAGUUUUUUCGUAGAUGUAUUUUUGAAGUUAUAAUAUCUUCAAAUAAUACGAUGGGGAAAGAACAUGUCGCUCUCAAUGGCAAAGAAUUCUUUCUCAUUAUAUGAUGAAGAUAGAAAGUCAAUUCGGUGGUUGUAAAUUGUAAUCAGCUGUUUUAAUUGAUUACCUCGACGCCAACAGCAAUUAAAAUGACGGCUGCAAGAAAAUCUCGCAUGGAGCAUUGAAAAAAGAGUGAAUGUAUAUAAUAUUUUAGAGGAGAAGCGGGGCAAUUAUAAGGAAUAUACUUUCCCUACUUUAAUACCUUCCUUAGUAGUUGCCUUUCGUUUUCUUGUGGCGUAAAUUUGGAGCAGAUCAAUCAAUGUUAUAAGAGAAGUGAAGUGCUUUUGGUUUUCCUUUAUGUAUCUUUUAUUAUAUUGUUGAUAUGGUGGUAUUAAUUGUGUUGAAGUCAUAUAUACUGUUUGUACCAUAUAACCUCGUCACUAUAUUAAUAAUUUGUACCAUAUGAGUGAGCUUGUCAAUAUAUGAACAAUAUAUAAAGCAAUAUUAAUAAAAAAUCCUGUAGCAGCAUUGAUAUUA